AUGUGGAAUCACCCCGAUCCCGAUCCCGGCCAUGCAGCACGCACCGUAGAAGAGCCUCCACCAGUCUCGCUAUCAAUGCCCGAGGAGGACGCAAACUCGGUAUCGAGCCACGAUGACGGCUCCAGCGCCGACGAAACCACGCCUGCUGUUGCAUCGUCGUCGCAGAAUGGAUCGACGGGCGCGUCGGGCAAGAAGCGCAAGCGGACCAAGUAUCAGAAGACGUCUUGCGAGCUCUGCAAGGCGCGCAAGGUCAAAUGUGACCGCGCCGAGCCAGCAUGCUCAUGGUGCGCGCGGCAUAACCGGACAUGCGUCUAUCUAGAAAGGCAGAAGCCCGGCAGCCGCAUAGGAUUCAGUCUGGAGCUCGAGGCCAAGGUCAACCGCAUCGAUGCGUUGCUGCAGAGCCUGGGACGGCGCGUCGAAGAGCACAUUGCCAACGACCACCUGGCCGGUUCGCAGGCUCAGGGGCUAUCGCCAGCCCUCAGCAACCACUUGCCAUCUCCGGCUGACCCUUAUCAUCAGGAUGGCUCAAGACUUGGCCACGUGGGAGCUGCCAGGAGCACGCCCACGCAAAGGCCGAGUCUUGUAGCCCCUGCGUGGGAUGCAAACUCAUCCGCGGUAAAUAACUCCUAUGCUCAAACUUAUCCAUCUUCUAGCUUUACGGCGCCUCGAAGAGGCCCCUCAUCCAUAUCCGCCGCCGUUAAUGACUUUCCCCCUCACGACAUCGUCUAUACCAUCGUCGACCUCUACUUCAAACACUGCAACCCCUGGUGUCCAAUCUUGGAACGCAAAACCAUCUUCGGCGUAUUCUUCGGGUCGACUUCUUUAAAUGAGCCAGACCGUGUGCUUUUGCACGCCAUCGUGGCAACCACAUUGAGGUUUUUAAAGGAUCCCCGCUUGACUCCUGAAAUGAGGGCCCAUCACCAUGCUGUAUCGAGACAAAUCGUCCAGAUGUAUGCAAUGGAGAAUGUGAGCGUUGCGGCACUCAGGGCGUUAGUCAUUCUCAGCUUGGACGAGCUGGGCACCUCGAAUGGGCCCAAAGGGUGGAAUCUUCUCUCUCUUCUUGCACAAAACGUCAAGCAACUCGGGCUUUGCGAAGAAAGCAGCGUCUAUCUGUCAGUUCAGUCUGACAAUCUACCACACACAGGGUCGAUACGAAGAGUUACUGCUGGGCGGCCGGAGUCGUGGAUCGAGGAUGAAGGCCGCCGGCGAAUAUGUUGGAUGGUCUAUCUGCUUGAUCGAUACGCUACAAUAGCGACAACGACGUUUGACUUCAUGUUGGAAGACAGAAAAAUGCAGAGGGUCCUUCCAUGCUCUUACGAUCUCUUUUCAAGAGACGUUCCAGUCGAGACGCGAUCCUGGAUUUCGAUAUCUCAGCCGUACGGCACUACGGGGUAUGCUACCAAUAAACCAGAGAACCUGGGCAGCUUCUCCUACCACUGUGAGAUCUUGAGGAUACUCAGCAAAGUGCACAACUUCCUCAAGACGCCCGUCGAUAUUACAUCUUCUGCCGACGUGGCCAGUUGGCGAAACAACUACCGCUCUCUAGACAGUGCACUGGAUGGCUGGCUCAGGAGUUUGCCGAGUGACUACAGCAAAAUCUCAGCCCUCUGCCACUCUGAUCCUGGCAGCAGGGUAGCAAACUGGUUCAUGUUGCAUGGCGCCUACGUCACGUCUGUUGUACGGUUGCAUUCUUCGGCGGCAUAUCCGACUGUCAGGUCGCAUCUCUUCGUCCCGUCGUAUUACGCAAUGCAACGGUGUUUGUCUGCGGUCCAGAGCUUGGCAGAUAUUGCACGAGACGUUUUUGAAGCCAGUGGGUUAGAUAACCUCGGCCCUCCAUUCGUCUUUGGCCUCUGGGUUGCCGCCAGGCUGUUGCUGGUCCAUGCGGCCUCGAUAGGCUGCCCCGUCGAUCCCAAGAUCGAAUUCUUCAUCGAGAUUCUUGGCCACAUUGGACAGUACUGGGAGGUCGCCAACAACUAUGCCAAAAUCUUGUCUCGAGCUGUCCAGAGAGGGCGGCAAGGAGAUAUGAACUUUACAGCCAUGCGCAGGAGCGCACAUGAUCUAGCAACUCUGACAUCCUCAUCGAGAUUAUCGGGCUCGGAGCCGACCUCAACCCAAGUCACUUCCCUAAGCGAGCUCGACAAUAUUGACAUCUUCGACUUCUUUAACUACCCCAAGUUGCUGGAGCCAAGAUCAACAAACGGUCAAGCAUGGCAAACUCAGGGCGUUAAUGGGCUGACGGGGGAAUCCAUGAGGAUGCCGGAUCCAGAGUCGGACUGGCUCGGAUACAAUUCGCAAUUCCAGUAA